GCAACUCCUCGUCCUCUUCGUUCGUCCUCAGUGUAGGAUAACGAAACUGUACUUUGUCGUGGUAUCGACGUAAAACAGGGCGUUUGAAUCAUCGUUAUCUAUUAUCAGAUUCGCUUCUGUCACACUACCAACGUUAGUACCAACAAAGAGGACUUCGCCCUAAGCUGACUUUUUUUUUUUAAAGAGGUCACUGGACAAUCAUCACCAAAACUGCCAUGGACGUACUCUUGCGUAGGUGUCCAUUUCUGGCCCGUGUGCCUCAGGCCUUCUUACAACAAUCCAAACCAUCUCUGGUGGUCUACGCCCAGAAAUGCCCUGUCAUGAUGGAGCUGGCCUCGAAACCCAUGGCCCCACCAAUGGCACGAGCUCUGUGCUCAUCCUCCUCUAACAAGCAGACUGAGGACACCACGUCUUCAAUUGAUGGUGAUGGUCCCAAAGUGAUGCCGGCUGGUCACCAGGUGUCUCCGUCAGGCCAGACGGGUGCUUCAAAAUGCCCAUUCCUUGCUGCCGAGAUGGCUCAGAAGAACAGUAGUGUAGUCCGUCAGGUUGGACUGGAGUUCCAAGAGGAUGUCCAGGAAGUCCGCACAGUGCAGAAAGAGGUUUCCCCAGAACAACUGCAGAAGCCAUCCAUUAACACCACCCCCAAGCAAACUGGGGUGGAGCCCAAUGAUCUGAUCAAGAGCCUUCUGAAACAGCGGCCUAAAAGAGUGUCUCAUAUGCUGCGGGACAAUUUAAUUGGCAAAGUGUCACCCUUCCAAUACGACGACUUCUUCGAGAAGAAGAUAGAGGAGAAAAAAAGCGACCACACGUACCGCGUGUUUAAGACGGUGAACCGCUUGGCCCAGGUGUUCCCCAUGGCCGACGACUUCACCGCGUCUUUGGCUGACAAGAGAGAGGUGUCUGUGUGGUGCAGCAAUGACUACCUGGGCAUGAGUCGACACCCCCUGGUCGCUCAGAGCAUUAUGGAAACGUUACAGAAGCACGGGUCGGGAGCAGGUGGGACCAGGAACAUUUCUGGAACCAGUAAAUUCCACGUGGAAUUGGAACAAGAGCUGGCCGAUCUCCACAACAAGGACGCCGCUCUUCUCUUCACCUCCUGCUUCGUGGCGAACGACUCCACUCUCUUCACCCUGGCCAAGAUGUUACCUGGUUGUGAGAUCUACUCGGAUGCAGGAAACCAUGCUUCCAUGAUCCAGGGCAUCAGAAACAGCGGCGCCAAGAAAUUUAUUUUCCGCCACAAUGAUGUGGCCCAUCUCCGAGAGCUCCUCCAGAAAGGAGACCCCACCAAACCAAAGAUCGUGGCCUUCGAGACCGUCCAUUCCAUGGAUGGUGCCGUGUGCCCCUUAGAAGAGAUGUGUGAUUUAGCCCAUGAGUUUGGCGCCAUCACCUUUGUGGAUGAGGUGCACGCUGUGGGCCUGUACGGUGCCAGAGGAGGGGGUAUUGGAGACCGGGAUGGUGUCAUGCACAAGAUGGACAUUAUCUCGGGCACACUGGGCAAGGCCUUCGGCUGCGUGGGCGGAUACAUCGCGAGUACAGCCGCCCUGGUGGACACAGUACGUUCCUACGCGGCCGGCUUCAUCUUCACCACGUCUCUGCCGCCCAUGCUGUUAGCCGGAGCCAGGCAGUCUGUGCAGGUCCUCAAAGGGGAAGAGGGCCGCGCGCUUCGACGUAAGCACCAGCGCAACGUUAAGCUGCUCAGGCAGAUGCUGAUGGAUUCAGGGCUGCCCGUGGUGCACUGUCCAAGCCACAUCAUCCCAAUCAGGGUUUCAAACGCGGAGCUGAACACUCAGGUGUGUGACAUCAUGAUGAGCCGCCACAACAUCUACGUGCAGGCAAUCAACUACCCCACGGUCGCCAGGGGAGAUGAGCUGCUGCGUAUUGCGCCGACACCUCACCACACUCCGGAGAUGAUGAAAUACUUCGUGGAGCGACUGGUGCAUACCUGGAAGGAGGUCGGUCUGGAGCUGAGGCCCCACACCUCGGCUGAGUGCACCUUCUGUCAGCAGCCGUUGCAUUUUGAGCUGAUGAGCGAGCGGGAAAAGUCUUACUUCAGCGGGCUCAGCAACCCCAUAUCGGCCUGCGCUUAACGCCCGCGUGGGCUGCUGGCACCAGACGGCACAUAUAUCUAUACACACAGUAGCCAUUCCUCUGUCGCUGUCAUAGAAUGUAACCAUUCACUUUAUAUUAAGUCCCGACACAUUAUUUUACAUAUUCUAUGUCUAGAUGUUUUAUAUACUCAGAGUAAAACUGUGAGGGAAAAAAAAAAAGAAAAAA